AUGGGAAUAUUUUGCAGUUGUUCUAAACUUCAAGAAAAUGAAAAUAAUUUAAGUGCAUUUUGCAAGUUUUGUCAAACCCAAUUUGGGGGGAUAGGAUGGCAAAGAUUCAAAAGUAAUCAAUGCAAAUCGCAUAAAAACAAAAACCUUCAUCAGCUUGAUAAAAAUAAUUGCACGAAUGAUUCCGUAGUUAGUGAUGACACCAAAGGAGACUGUCAAACAUCUUUAAGUACAUUUUGGUCUGAUAUUGCUUUGGCAGAUACAAAUAGUUUUUCUGAUCAAAAUGAUGUUAUUGAUCAACCAGCUGAUUCUGUACCUGUUGAAAAUCCAGAAGCAGGUGAGGCAGAAGUUGGAGUUUUAUGUCAAUAUUCUAUUGAAGACUUUGAACUAAUGAAGAUUAUUGGUGAUGGUACUUAUGCCACGGUGUUCAUGGUUGAACAUAAAAGAAGCCAAUGCACCUAUGCUAUGAAAGUUAUAGAAAAAGAACGUGCCGCUAAGAAUAUAGAUAUUAACUGGGUACAAAACGAAAGAAAUGUUUUUAUAACUGUCGCUGAAUGCUCAUUUUUUGUUGCUCUCCAUUGUUGCUUCCAAACAACCAGCCAAUUAUUCUUUGUGAUGGAAUUUGUUCGUGGAGGUGACUUGUUGUAUUUUAUGAAAAGAAAAAGAAGAUUGACCGAAAAUCAUGCUAGAUUUUAUACAGCAGAAAUUAGUUUAGCUUUGAACUUUUUACAUACUAAAGGUAUAAUAUAUCGAGAUUUAAAAUUAGAAAAUGUACUACUUGAUCAUGAGGGUCAUAUAAAAUUGGCGGAUUAUGGAUUGUGUACAAAUCUAAAAUGGCCUGGAGAAAAAAUAGAUUCAUUAUGCGGAACUGCAAAUUAUAUAGCCCCGGAAAUUAUAAGAUUUGAACCAUAUGGAUUUAGUGUGGAUUGGUGGGCUUUAGGAAUUAUUUUGUAUGAAAUGUUGGUUGGAAAAAGUCCAUUUGAUAUUAAAGAAGUACCACCUAAUGAAGAUUACAAUACCAUUACAUUCACAAGGAUUUUAUAUAACCCUCUGAGUAUUCCAAAAUACCUUUCUGGUGAAGCAACUUGUGUCUUAAAGGGACUUUUAAAUAAAAAUGCUGUUGACCGUUUGGGUUGCUUCGGUGAUGUUAAAGAUUGCCCAUUUUUUAAAUCUAUUGAUUGGAAAAUGUUGGAACAAAAGAAAAUUCAGCCUAAUUAUAUACCACAACUAGAUUCUGAUCGUGACCUUACCAAUUUCUCAUCAGACUUUACAGACAAACCUGUACAUUUGAAACCUGAUGAUCAGUAA